AUGAAACUGAGAGAGUGGGACGAUGCUGAUAGACGGGGUUGGUGUGGAGUCUUCCACUUCCAGUUCUGGCAGUUUGGUGAAUGGGUGGAAGUGGUGAUCGAUGACCGACUCCCGGUGAAAGAUGGAAAGCUGGUGUUUGUGCACUCGGCGGCGAGGAACGAGUUCUGGAGCGCUCUCCUGGAGAAAGCCUAUGCCAAAUUAAAUGGUUGUUAUGAAGCCCUCUCGGGAGGUAGUACAUCUGAAGGUUUUGAAGAUUUCACAGGAGGAGUGACGGAAAUGUAUGACCUUCGUAAAUCGCCCCAUGACCUUUACCAAAUUAUCGAGAAGGCUCUGGAACGUGGUUCACUCAUGGGCUGCUCCAUUGACAUCACCAGCCAGUUCGACAUGGAGGCUGUGACGUUCAAGAAGCUGGUCAAAGGUCAUGCUUACUCCCUCACUGGUGCCCGGGAGGUACGUGCCCGGGGAGGUUUGGUUAAACUGGUGCGAUUGCGAAAUCCCUGGGGGGAGGUGGAGUGGACCGGAGCCUGGAGUGACAGGUCGAGUGAAUGGAACAGUGUGGACUCCUCGGACUGCAGCUCGAUGAGAAUAAAGCUGGAGGACGGCGAGUUCUGGAUGUCCUUUGGUGACUUCCUCAGAGAAUUCAACCGCUUGGAAAUUUGCAACCUGACGCCGGAUACUCUGAAAUCGGAAACGAUCUGCAAUUGGAGCACCUCUCUGUACGAGGGCUCCUGGAGGCGUGGGAGCACCGCUGGAGGCUGCCGGAAUUAUCCAGCCACGUUCUGGAUAAACCCCCAGUUUAAGAUUGAACUGAAGGAAGAGGAUGACGACCGGGUGGGAACAGAACCCGGCUGCAGCUUCCUAGUCGCCCUGAUGCAGAAAGAUCGUCGCAAACUCCGCACCGCGGGCAGGGACAUGGAGACCAUCGGCUUUGCCAUCUACGAGGUCCCCCCUGAGUACACCGGACGCUCAGCUGUUCACCUGAAGCGGGAUUUUUUCCUGACACACGGCUCGCAGGCUCGCUCCGAAAUGUUCAUCAAUCUCCGGGAGGUCAGUACCCGCUUCAAGCUGCCUGCCGGAGAGUACAUCGUCGUCCCCUCGACCUUCGAACCCAACAAAGAGGCCGACUUCUGCCUGAGGGUGUUCUCUGAGAAGCGCUCACACUCUGAGGAACUCGAUGAUGAAAUCAGUGCUGACCUCGGACAGGAGGAGGAAGUACCUGAACACGCAAUUGAUGAAAAAUUCAAGAGUCUCUUCAGGCAGUUGGCUGGAGAGGACAUGCAGAUCACAGUGACUGAGCUCCAGACAAUCCUUAACCGUGUGGUAGGAAAACACCAAGACCUGAAGACCGAUGGUUUUAGUCUGGAUUCCUGUCGAUGUAUGAUCAAUCUCAUGGAUCGAGACGGGAACGCCAGGCUGGGCCUGACCGAGUUUAACGUGUUGUGGAACAAGAUUCGCAAGUGGUUGGGAGUUUUCCGACAGUUUGAUCUGGAUAAAUCCGGCAGCAUGAACGCCUACGAGAUGAGGCUAGCGUUGGAGUCUGCAGGGUUUAAACUGAACAAUCACAUGCACAAUCUGCUCAUCACACGCUACGCGGAGCCUGACCUUUCUGUCAACUUUGAUAACUUCAUCUGCUGUUUAAUCCGCUUGGAGAGCAUGUACAGGUCCUUUGUGACGCUGGAUACAGACCGAGAUGGUAUUGUCACUUUUGAUGUGUAUCAGUGGCUGAUGCUGACCAUGUUUACUUGAGAACGAUGCUGUGAAGUCUUGCCUCCUGCUGCUGUGCCCCACAUGCGUGCUUCCCACACCAAGUGCCUUCCGCUGCUUAGACGGUGGACACCGGCCUUGUCCCGUGUCUUGCGAACGUCCCUUGCAUUCCUCCCCCACCAGCAAAUACCCCUCCCAGCUGCAGCUACGUUUUAUCUUGGAUUCGGAGCUAGGUUUCCGGGUGCUGUUUUAUGACUGUGUAUGUGUCUGUUUUUUUUAAUUAUUAUUUCCGAAGGGCUGCCAAAUCUUUUACAGGAAACUCAAAUAAAACGUAUCGACAGAAUUAAAAAUGCAA